AUGGCAGUAAACCCAGGGCAAACAACAACCCCUACCAUCCCAGGUGACUGUAACAAAUUUAUUGUUAAUCGUCGGGGGUCGUCUCAGCCAGUACUAUUCUCAAUGGACAACUCUUUGCAUGGACAACUGACUUCUCAAAACAAUUCGUUAUGGCUUCAAAAUUUCGUUCACAUCGCCACCUCCAAUAACAAUUCCGUACAGUCAAAAAGAAGACCAAUUACUGGAUCAAGAAGUUUCACUUUAAUCAACAAAGGUGCAAUUAAAAACAUUCGGCCAACAACUACAGACGUUUACAGCAGCAUGUUUGUCAUUCCCAAGAAAAACCGUGGCUCACCACCCGUAUUCAAUCUCAAUUAA